GGAUUUCCGGUGGUCGCCAUUCUUUUAACUGCCGAGCCUGCAGCAGCGUGGUUGGUCUGGUGUGUGGUCCAGGGCUCCCGCGGUGCAGGGCUCACAGGAAACCCGGCAGAGUCAGGCGCUCAAAUCCACCCUGCCUUUCCAAGUUCAAAUCUGGUUUAAACUCGCCGGGAAGAGUGUGUGCCUGUCUGACUUGGUUCUUCACCAUGGCUUCUCACAAGACCUUCAGGAUCAAGCGAUUCCUGGCCAAGAAACAAAAGCAAAAUCGUCCCAUUCCACAAUGGAUUCAGAUGAAAACUGGCAAUAAAAUCAUGUACAACUCCAAGCGGAGACAUUGGAGACGAACCAAAUUGGGUCUAUAAGGAACCACACGUACUUAUGCUGUAACUUACUGUAGCGUUUACAGCGUUACCGCUGUCUGGACAGCUGAGUGUGUUUCUUAGGAAUAUAAGUUUUCUUUCUGUGCUUUAGUGAGUUCAUUCAGCAGUUCAGUAAUAAAUAUGUGAAACCUUUUGUUUCGAAAAAAAUUGCUUCUGUGUUACAACUUACUUUGUUUUAUGGUUCAGGAUCAUCUGCAUAAUAGACAAGUAUUCUAUCAGUGAGCGAUAUCCUGGAUCUUGUUUGUGUAGUUUGGGGUUGAGACAAGUCCAGACUGCCCUAAAACUCACGAUCUUCCUUCCUCGGCCUUCUAAAUGAUUGGAGGACUCCAAACCUAAGUGAUGGAAGUAAAAAGAAACUUAUAUGUCAAGACUCAUUUUCUCUAUCAUUUCAUGUGACAAUUGAAAUUAGAUUAUUUCUUUUUUCAAUC